CCCCCCCGGGGUUGGGGCAGGACGAGACGAGAUGCCGCUGUGGCCGCUGUGGCCCCUGCUGGCUCUGGCCCUCGGGGGGUCCCCCCACGCCCCCCACCCACAUUUCGGGGCUCCCCCCACGCACGACCACGACCCCGAGGGGCUUUUCUGGGACCACGCCGCCAUUUGGGGGGCGCAGGAGGCGCGGGAGCAGCGGGAGCUGCCCCCCGAGGAGUCGCGCCGGCGCCUGGGGCUGCUGGCGGCGCGGAUGGACGCGGACGGCGGCGGGCGCGUCUCGCGGGAGGAGCUGCGCGCCUGGAUCCUGCGCAGGCACCGCGCCGCCCGCCAGGCGGCGCUGCGGAGCCACCGCGCCCGCCUGGACCGCGACCGCGACGGCGCCGUGGCCUGGAGCGAGUUCAGAGAGCGCAACUUCGGACACGGCGAGGAUUUUGGGGGCUCCCCUGACCCCGAUUCCCACCGGAAGCUUCUGGAACGUUCCCGGCGCCGUUUCCUGGCGGCCGACGAGGACGGGGACGGGCGGCUCGAGGCCGCCGAGCUCGACGCCUUCCUCCACCCCGAGGACUUCCCCCGGCUCCAGGACCUGGUGGUGCAGGAGACGAUCGAGGACCUGGACCGGGACGGGGACGGAUUCAUCCAGGUCGACGAAUACAUCGGGAUUUCUGGGAAUUUUAGGAGGAUUUUUGGCAGAAUUUUGGACGGGGCCCUGACCCGGGAGGAGAUUUUGGGGCGUUGGGAACUUUUCGUGGGGAGCCGAGCCACCGACUACGGGCAGGACCUGCACCGGGCCCACGACGAGCUCUGAGCCCAAAAAAACCCAAAAACAUCCCAAAAAAACCCAGAAACAACCCAGAAACAUCCCAAAAAUAUCCCCAAAAACAUCCCCAAAAAUAUCCCCAAAAA